AGUAGUGAGAAGAUUUUCAAAGAAAACAGUGAUAAGAAAUAAACCUUAGGAAAAUCUUUAAAUUUAGUUAUAUUAAAGCAAUUUCAAAUCAAACUUAACAUUCUUAAGCAAUUCUUUUCUUCCAAAUCAACUUUAAUAUUUAUUCAGUGCAUUUAGAGAAGCUUUUAACGAAAAAGUUCAUAAUGUAGCUUAAGAAAUAAAGCUCAACUUUACGUCUUCACUUUCUAUUAGAAUGAUUUUGAAGUCUUUAUUACUCUUCCCUUUCACUCUUGCUAUCUUCAAAUCUAUCAAUAACAAUGGCUCAUCAUUCACCUCCAAAAUUCGACGACAUUGAACUUCAACGUUUGAACCCAUCGGGCGAAAAUGUUCGGAAAGGAAGUAAGAAAGAUAAAACAGUGAAUUUCUCGUCUGAUAUUGACAUAAACGGAAAUAAGAUGCCAAAAGUGAAUAAAAAUGUUCAAUUCUCAAGUCCACAAGUGUCAAUCGACAACGAAUAUGAGUUUGAAAUGAAACCGAAUCUAAUUCCAAAUCGGAAAAGAGAAGAAGAAACUGUGAUGGAAAAUUUGAGACGACGAGUUGGCGAAUGCCAACUUGAUAAAAAUUUUAAGAAGAAAACAUUUUUGGAAGAAGAGAAAGAAGAAGAAGAGAAGCCACUGCUGAAAGCUGUCCUCGAGCAAACAACAGACAAAGAUUUCAUUAUCGAUUGCUUGUGUUGGCACAAUGAAUAUCGUGCGCGUCAUAAUCGACCUUCGUUAUUGCACACAACAGUCAAUGUCGGACAUUUCACACAGAUUGUUUGGAAAAACACCAAGUACAUGGGCGUCGGAAAGUCAGUGUCGAGAACAGGGAAAAUAUUUGUAGUUGCUUUCUACUAUCCGCCAGGCAAUAUUACUGGUGAAUUUCAAAACAAUGUGCUUCCACCAACUGAUAGCAAACAAACCAGCAGACCCAAUUCUGUCAAUUCAUGGAACAAUAAAUAGAUAAUUCAGCUUACCAAAAUUGAAUUUGAUUUUCACAUGUGACGUCAUGAUUUAAUUGAAUUAAGUGCUACGAAAUCUUAUGUUGUUAAAGCAGGGAAAAUGAAGAUUUUUUCAAAACAAAAAUCUUAUUUAAUUAUUGAGCUUUGAAAAUGACAAAAAAUGUGAGUAAUUCUUAAUCUUAAAUGUUGACUCUUUCUAUCUUCCUUCUCAAUCAAAUAAAAAUAUUUCUAAGCUAACUAACAUUAUUAACUCAAUAAACAAUAAAAUAUUCCUUGCUAUGUUUAUUGUUCUGCCGCAGCUUCCACUGUUAGUAUUCCAAUCAAUAAAAUAAACAUUU